AUGGCCGCUAUUGGACCAGAUCCCCCGACUGAGGAGUUCAGUCACAUAGAAGAAGAAGAAAUCGCGCCGACCAAGCAAGAAGUAUCUUCAACUUUUGAUGUGACGAGAGUCGCGUCCAUCGAGCCGCCUCCUAAUGGCGGAUGGGUCGCAUGGUCGCAAGUGCUAGGCGGGCACAUCAUCACAUUCUUUACCUGGGGCUUCAUCACAUCUUUCGGCAUGUUCCAGGCACACUACACUUCCAUCGGCCUCUCGACGCCCUCCAACAUCUCAUGGAUCGGCGCACUCACUGUCUUCUUCCUGCUCUCAGUCCCUCUCUGGUCCGGCGCAGCGUCGGACACCGGUCAUUUUAAGCUUGUCCUACGCAUUGGCAUUGGACUGUGGCUUGUCGGCAUCUUCAUGACAAGUAUUUGCAAAGAGUAUUGGCAGUUUGUGCUUGCGCAGGGGUUUUGCAUUGGGCUCGCAAACGGAUUUAUGUUCGUGCCUAUGGUCUCCGUUAUCUCAACGUAUUUUGAUGCGACGAAGCGGAGCUUCGCAAUUAGUAUCACGUUGUGUGGAUCGGGGACAGGGGGUUUGGUUAUCCCAAUCAUGCUCAAUAGGCUGAUUGAUCGUAUUGGGUUUGGAUGGGCGGUGAGGACGUUGGGCUUCAUGGCGCUGGUCAUGCUGUUGAUUGCGGAGCGGCUGCUGAAGAAACGACUCCCGCCCAAGAGUUCGGUGAAGAUGCUCGAACCGAGUGAGCUGAAGGAUGCAGUCUUCGAUCUUUUUAUUCUCGGCUCGGUGUUCUGCUUCGCAGGUCUUUGGUUCGCCUUCUUCUACAUCAAUGCCUUCGCCCGAAGAACACUAGGUAUGACACUGGAAGAAUCAAUACCGCUCCUAUUGGUGCUGAACGGCGUCGGCAUACCGGGGCGACUGCUGCCCGCGUACGUCGCCGAUCACUACUGCCGGCCACUGACCAUCAGCUUAAUCGUCAGCUUCGUUACCGCCCUUCUACUUUAUUGUUGGGUUGCGAUCAAGUCGACUGCAGGCAUGUAUGCCUUUGCAGCGCUUUACGGGUUGUUUGCUGCGGGCUUGCAAGCCAUGUUCCCUGCCACACUUGCUGAUCUAACCUUAGACAAUAAGAAAAUUGGAACAAGAAUGGGUAUGGGAUUUGCGUUGUCUAGUUUUGGUUGCCUUAUUGGAGGCCCUGGUGGAGGAGCAUUGGUAGAAGCCGGCAACGGAUCUUAUUUGUAUGGACAAGUGCUUGCUGGCUCAUGCGGUGUAUUGGGCUUCAUGUGUUUCUUGACUGCAGCGCUGAUACACAAGAAGCAGGCAAAGCAGCUUGAUGGUGUAUAG